AUGACUUCCACAGACACCUUCACAGCGGCUCUGCGCGACCUCAUCUCGGCCAACCACAUCCUCCACCACCAUGGCGUUGUCGAUGCAUACGGCCACGUCUCGAUCCGCCACCCAGCAGACCCCGACCUCUAUAUAAUGAGCGGGUUCCUAGCGCCGGCAUUAGUCUCGUCGCCGGCAGACCUGAUCACCUACCACGUGUCGGACUCGAGCCCAGUCGACCCGAACGCCGGAAAAGGGUACUCGGAACGCUUCAUCCACGGGGAGCUGUACAAGCGGUUUGCGGGGGUCAACUGCGUCAUCCACUCGCACGCCGAGGAGGUGCUGCCGUACGUGGUGACGGAUGUUAAGUUGCGCCCCAUGUACCACAUGGCGGGAUUCCUGGCCAGCCACGGCAACGGCGAUGGCGUCAAGGUAUUCGACAUCGACGCGCUCUACCGGGACGGCGAGCAACGGGAUAUGCUGGUCAAGAACUCGCGGUUCGGCGCCGCGCUGGCCGACAUGUUCGCCACCAGCGACGCGAGCACCAGUGGGAGUGGGCCCCGAUCAGAGACGCCGGACGAGUCGGUCGUCCUGAUGCGCAAGCAUGGCUUCACGGUCGUGGGCCGCGAUGUCGUCACGGCCGUCUACCGCGCCAUCUAUACCCGCAUCAACGCCGAGGUCCAGACAAAGGCAAUGGCCACUGCUGGCUUUCAGGGCCUCACCUCCGAGCAGAGCAAGGACUGUGCCGUCAUGAAUGAGGAAUAUCAGCAGAAGCCGUGGAAGUUGUGGGUCCGUGAGGUCGAGCGCUUGCCGUUGUAUGAGAACACGUUGAGCGAGACGAGAAACUUUGCUUGA